AUGGAGGACGCCGUGUUACCAGCGGCGAGUCCUCUGCCCUCUUUGGGGGCUGCCGCGGUCAAAUUCGCGACUGCUGCGCCUAUCAUAAUUGCGAACAAUGGGAUCAACUAUGAAGAAACCACGUCCGGAGGCACGGUUCAAUACACCGACAUGCGCGACCCUUUUUACGCCUCAAUCUUCCCAGUAUGCUACGCUCUUGCCGCGACGACGGUAACAGCGUACAUGCUGGUCAUCAUGUUAUUUAUUACGCCCCGAUCCUUUCUCGACGGUGGAGUUGUAUAUCUCGGACGACGCGGAGGCUUCACUAGUGGAGGAACCUCGAACGGAAUCAGCAUCGGUGGACGUCCAUGGCUGCAGAAAGUAGCGGCCGUGACCGUCGCGAUCUCAUUAACGAUUGCCAGCGCCGAUACCUUCAAAGUCGCCGAGGAGCAGUACCAGUGGGCUAUUCAAGAUGCCAAAAAGAUGCAGUUGGAGGUUAUGGACGGUACCGAAUUGAAGGUCAUCCGCCUCAUUUCCGACACGUUUCUGUGGCUUGCGCAAGCCCAAACCUUGACACGACUCUUCCCACGGCAGCGGGAGAAGGUUAUUAUCAAGUGGACCGCUUUCGCUCUUAUUACCCUAAACCUCAUCUUCAGCGCCCUCAACAGCUUCCAGUACCCCUCCAGCGGGAGCAACGGAAACGCCCGCCCCCGAAGCUUCGUCGACGCCGUUCCCGCACUGAGCUACCUAUUCCAACUCUCACUCGGCUUACUUUACGCCGCGUGGGUCAUUUACUACUCGCUCAUGAAGAAGCGCUACGCCUUUUACCACCCAUUGAUGAAGAACAUGAUUCUUGUCUCCACCCUCUCCCUCUUCGCCAUUCUCGUCCCGGUAGUAUUCUUUGUGUUGGAUAUGGCGAAACCUGAAUUUACUGGAUGGGGAGACUACGUCCGCUGGGUCGGUGCUGCCGCCGCCAGUGUGGUAGUAUGGGAAUGGGUCGAACGUAUUGAAGCAUUGGAAAGAGAAGAGAAGAAGGACGGUAUCCUGGGACGGGAGAUCUUUGAUGGAGACGAAAUGCUGGAAGUGUCCGCUUCCGAAUUCCCGUGGCUCCGACGAAGAAAGAACCGGGGCGGGCCGAGAGAUGAUGGUGGCCCAGACGGUCCCGACAGUGGUACUGGCGCUCAAGGUCCUCAGUCCGGUGGCAGAGGUAACCUGUGGCCUGGCAUGUCAUCCAUUACCAACAGGUACCGCGGUAACCACAACGCCGCCAACGCCGCACCCAAUGUCCAGAAUGGGCAAAGAAACAAGGGUGGCUUGCUCCGUCCGCCAAUGUGGCCAUCACGGCCAGCCCCCGCGGUAACGCCCGUGAGCCGUACUGACACCGCGAGCGCGGCCAGCACCGUUUAUGCCGUCAGAUACCAAUUACCCACAGAGACGACAUCGAGAACACCCGAGGUCGCCCCACAUGCGACACAACGCAAUGCCACUGUCGCCAUGUCGAGAAGUAGCUCUUCGUCAUCGAGGAGCGAUUCUAGCUCUGACAAUGAUGAGCUUUCCAUGGCAGCGCCCGUGCCGAGACAAGCCACUCACAAGGCCGUGGAGAUUGACACAGAAGCUCAAGAAGAUCCGUCGCUCAACAAGAAGGGGUGGAGGUCGUUGGUCUUCCGUCGCAACGCUCGUGAUCCUCCCGCCGAGGUCAUGGCCCAGACUGAAAUGAAGGAAGAAAUUCGGGGAGGCCACGAUGACACGGGCCGAUGGGACCUCAGAGCCCGGUUCGAGGAUUUCGCCGCCACCCAGGCCGAGAAGAUCAGAGAAAAGAUGCGUCCGACACCCGAGACAGACAGCCUGCCGGUUACUGUCAUUCCUGCGCCGCCCAGACAAGGUGCGGCUUUGGCUCAAUUAUUGGAGGAGGAGCGCAGCAGUCAAGAUGUUCCCGAGCGAGUGGGGUUGACCAAGCCACGCUUCAAGUCAAUCGUCCGCCACUAUGGCCAGGAGUCCGACCUCAACACCAGGAGUUCGACCAGCGGUCACCCAGCGUGCCACACAGCAGGCGAGCUGGGGACGAUCUUGGACCGCCGCCCACUCCUUGAGGACUUUUGA